AUGGCGGCAGGUCUACGAGUUAUUCGAGGACGCGAUUGGCUGUCGGGUGACGUCGACGGAGGUGAAGGUCAUCUCGGAACGGUGGUGUCAUACGGGAAAGAUGAAACAGCUGAAGUUAUCUGGGACAAUGGAAAACAAACUUUGUCUAGCAUUGGGAAAGACAAAAAAUACGAGCUGAGGGUUGUAGACAAUGCUCCUGUAGGAGUUUGCCAUCAGACUGUCACUUGCGGCGGCUGCGGAGAGGUUGGUGUGAUUGGAAUACGAUGGUCGUGUGGCCACUGCACCAGAUUUAACUUGUGUUCUUUGUGCUACAUCACAGGGAAGCAUGACCUCUCUCACAACUUUGUGCGUCACGACAUGCCCACAUCUACGGGAAAGCGCGUGCCUGCACGGGACACCUCGAAGAAGAUUCGAACUAGAGGAUUGUUUCCUGGCGCCGUCGUUACUCGUGGAACGCACUGGGAUCAGGGGUAUAAAGACAGUGGUCCAGGCAAGGAAGGGAGGGUAACUCUACUUGUGAGUUUUGACUCCAAGUCACCCAGGUCGGCGGUGCGUGUAGCGUGGGAUUCACGGGAGACAACCACGUGUCGUGUGGGUCACCAGGGUCAGGUGGACAUCCAGUGUGUUCGUGAAGCUCUUGGACCAGAAAUCUACGCUGAACAUCUGCCACUUUUAGAUGUAGACACUGCUAAAGCGGGUAGACGUCUUCAAGAAGACAAAGCCAACUCUGGGAAGGGCUCGGCAUCUGACAAAGGAUCCACGAAAAGCGUGCCUGAACUGAAGGUUGGCAGCAUAGUGAGGAUUCUUGAUGACAAGGCAAAAGUCGAAUACUUGCAGGACGGUCACGGGGGAUGGGUAGAUAUCAUGGAAAAGUUUCUUGGUAAAGUUGGUAAGGUGACAACCGUGCAUGGUACUGAUAUGGUAACUGUUAGCUUUGGAUUACAAAUGUGGGGAUUCAAUCCAGCAUGCUGCGUACCAGCCUCCGAGUCCGAACUGCCGUCAGAUAUAGAUAUACCGGAAUUGAAAGAUCUCCAUUCAACCGGCGAUAUUCUUAAACGUUAG